UUCAGACACCAGGCAGUACCAUGAAAACAUUAAAAUAAACCAGGCAAUGCGGAAAAAGUUAAUUCUGUACUUUAAGAGGAGAAAUCAUGCUCGCAAGCAGUGGGAGCAGAAGUUUUGCCAGCGCUAUGACCAGCUGAUGGAGGCCUGGGAAAAAAAGGUGGAGCGCAUCGAAAAUAACCCCCGGCGCCGUGCCAAAGAGAGCAAAGUGCGGGAAUACUAUGAGAAGCAAUUCCCAGAGAUCCGGAAGCAGCGGGAACUGCAAGAGCGCAUGCAGAGGUUAGAGGAGAAGCGGGUAGGACAGAGGGGCAGCGGUGGGCUCGCCAUGUCGGCCGCACGCAGCGAGCAUGAGGUGUCCGAAAUCAUCGACGGGCUCUCGGAGCAAGAGAACCUGGAGAAGCAGAUGCGCCAGCUCGCCGUCAUCCCGCCCAUGCUCUACGACGCCGACCAGCAGCGCAUUAAAUUCAUCAACAUGAACGGCCUCAUGGACGACCCCAUGAAGGUCUACAAGGACCGGCAAGUGAUGAACAUGUGGAGCGAGCAGGAGAAGGAGACCUUCCGGGAAAAGUUCAUGCAGCAUCCAAAGAACUUCGGCCUGAUCGCAUCCUUUCUGGACAGGAAGACGGUGGCAGACUGCGUCCUGUAUUACUACCUGACCAAGAAGAACGAGAACUACAAGAACCUCGUGAGAAGGAAUUACCGGCGGCGCGGGAAGGGCCAGGUGAGAGCAGGAGGAGCGCGUGGAAACCUUGGGCUGAGCGGGGAGAUGCAGCAGUACCUUGUCCCCGCGAAUGCUUUCAGCCAGAGGAAGGUCCCGCUGGUGGAUCCGCAGGUCCAUGGAGUGAACCAUUC